AUGUCUGAACAAGACAAUCAUCAAAGUAAAUAUCGCGAAUUAAGAAGCAUCUGUAAGUAUUACAUCGAUUCAUAUAAUGCAUUGUAUCGGUUAAAAACUCAAAAAGAAGAAGAUUUAAACUCGAUUUAUGAAAUGAUCAAAACAAAUUUGAUUGAUUCAAAGAUUGUUCCUGCACAAAAUAUUAUAAGAGAUAUCUUCAAUUGUAUUUUGUAUAAUAACCGCUAUACGAAAUCAUAUUUAGCACUUGCCAAACGAAUUUUUGAUGAAUAUAAAGUAAAAGAGGUCGAUGCAAGUUAUUAUGUUUCUAGAUGCGUAUUUUAUAAAGAAUAUGGAAUUAAAUUAAGGAGAUACGAUUUUUAUCAUGAGAGCUAUUUAAAAAAUCUAGAUAUUCUUUCAGAAAAUACGAUAUACAGAGCAAUUAUGAAUGAUGACCUAGAACAAUUCAUCUUAUUCACCGAAAGAGAAACAUUUGAUAAAGAUGAAAAACUUAUCAGCGAUUUAUAUCCAUGUCAUACCAGCUUAGGAUAUUCAUUACUUGAAUUAUGUUGUUACUAUGGAUCGGUUGAUUGUUUCAAGUUAUUAAGAUCGAAAUUUAACUCAGAAAUAACUCGAACAUGUCUUGAAUGUUCAUUUUUAAGUGGAAAUCCAGAUAUCAUGAGUGAAUGUAUGAAAUAUCAAAAACCAAAUGAAAAAUGCAUGGAAUAUGCAAAUAUUUCUCACAACAUUGAUUUUGUUACAUUCUUGAUGAACGAAUACAACAUACAAAUCAGUUUAUAUUAUUGCCUAGAGUGUAAUGAUAUUGAUUCAUUUUUAGUUUAUUUCGAUCAAACCAAUGAUAUUGGUCAAUGUUUUCUUUAUUCAAUAAAGUUUGGUAUUCCAUCCAUAUGCGAAUAUUUCCUUUCACAUGGAGCAAAUAUCAAUGCAAAAAAUCAAUUUGAGGAUACUGUUUUACAAAUUGCUGUAAACAAUAAUAAUAAAGAGAUAGUUGAACUUUUUAUUAAAUAUGGUGCAGAUGUCAAUGAAAAAAAUAAUGAUGGAGAAACUGCUUUGCAUAUUGCAGUAGCCAAUAAUUAUAAAGAAAUAGCUGAACUUCUUAUUAUAAAUGGAGCUGAUAUCAAUGAAAAAGAUAAUGAUGGGAAAACAGCUCUUCAUAAAGCCGCAAUUAAUAAUAGCAAAGAUGUAAUUGAACUUCUUCUUUCACAUGGUUUAAAUAUCAAUGAAAAAGAUAAUGAUGGAGAAACUGCUUUGCAUAUUGCAGUAGCCAAUAAUUAUAAAGAAAUAGCUGAACUUCUUAUUACGCAUGGUGCAGAUGUCAAUGAAAAAAAUAAUGAUGGGAAAACAGCUCUUCAUAAAGCCGCAAUUAAUAAUAGCAAAGAUGUAAUUGAACUUCUUCUUUCACAUGGUUUAAAUAUCAAUGAAAAAGAUAAUGAUGGAGAAACCGCAUUCCAUGAAGCUGUAAAAUAUAAUUGUAAAGAUGCAGCCGAAAUCCUUGUUUCGCAUGGUUCAAAUAUCAAUGAAAAAUAUAAAUCCGGAGAAAAACCUUUGCAUAUUGCAAUAGCUCUAAAUUAUCAAGAAAUUUUUGAACUUCUUCUUUCACAUGGUGCAGAUAUCAAUGAAAAAGAUAAAUCCGGAGAAACUCCUUUGCAUAUUGCAGUAUUGAAGAAAAGCAAAGAAAUACUUGAGUUUGUUCUUUCAUGUGGCGCAAAUCUCAAUGAAAAAAAUAAAUAUGGAAAAACGGCUCUUCAUUAUGCAACACGUUUAAACAGAAAAGAACUGGUUGACGUUCUAGUUUCACAUGGUCCGGAUAUUAAUGAAAAAAAUAAUGAUGGAGAAACUGCUUUGCAUAUUGCAGUAGCCAAUAAUUAUAAAGAAAUAGCUGAAAUUCUUAUUAUAAAUGGAGCUGAUAUCAAUGAAAAAGAUAAUGAUGGGAAAACAGCUCUUCAUAAAGCCGCAAUUAAUAAUAGCAAAGAUGUAAUUGAACUUCUUCUUUCACAUGGUUUAAAUAUCAAUGAAAAAGAUAAUGAUGGAGAAACCGCACUCCAAAAAGCUGUAAAAUUUAAUAGUAAAGAAGCCGCAGAAAUUCUUCGUCCACAUGGUGCAAAUAUCGAAAAAUGCGUCAUAUUAUAG